CGUGUACGCGCGACCCGUCGCGAAAGUCUCUAACUGCACGGUGCGGGUUGUGUUCCUUAUUAAACCUCCACGCCCCGAACUUUCCUUCACGUUCCCGCAAAGAAUCCCGGCAGCCAAACACUCGAUAACGAUCUUAAUCUGAGCAAAUCGGAGAAGACGAAGAUGUGGAAUCAGGCGUUUCGGAAGAGUGAUCCGGAGGCCGGAGCGAGGCUGCUCUACCCUGUGAUGCUCGAGAGCCCCGAGCUCCGGUGGUCCUUCAUCCGCAAAAUCUACGCGAUCGUUGCCAUCCAAUUACUCGCCACCAUCGCUGUAGGCGCCGUCGUCGUUUCGGUCCGGCCGGUGGCUAACUUCUUUGUCAGCACCGGCGCCGGCCUGGCGCUCUACAUCGUUCUCAUCAUCACGCCUUUCAUCGUGCUGUGCCCACUGUACUAUUACCACCAGAAGCAUCCGGUUAAUUAUCUUUUACUGGGAAUUUUUACCAUCUCACUGGCAUUUGUCGUUGGUUUGACCUGUGCAUUUACUAGCGGGAAGGUGAUUUUGGAGUCGGUUAUUCUGACGGCAGUGGUCGUAAUUGGUUUGACCUUGUACACAUUUUGGGCUGCAAGGAGAGGCCAAGAUUUCCACUUUCUUGGUCCUUUCUUGUCCGGAGCUCUACUGGUUCUGAUCGUAUUUGCUCUGAUUCAGGUUUUCUUCCCGCUUGGUAAGAUCUCGGUGAUGAUAUAUGGUUGCUUGGCGUCGAUUAUAUUUUGUGGGUACAUUGUGUAUGACACGGACAACUUGAUCAAGCGAUACUCUUACGACGAGUACAUUUGGGCUGCAGUUUCCUUGUAUUUGGAUAUCAUCAACCUCUUCCUAGCUCUUCUCACCGUUUUUAGGGCGUCCGACUGAGAAGAUAUUCUUGAUUGCAUGUAAAUGUGUUUCGUUGGUUCAUUAUCCCAUGGUAGGAGAUUUCUGUUUGUCAAUAGUUGCUUGGGGUUUCAACUCUCCAGAUCUCGCAAUCGGGAGCCGACGGAUCCCGUAAUUCGAACUAUUCAAGAGAGGGGGAGAGACAUGAGGACCUUUGGUUUUUGUGAGGUGGUUUAGCAGGGUGGACAAAUGAGGCUUGUAAGAUUUGAAAUGAGUGGUUUGGAUUAUUCUGUCCAUUUUUCGGACUCGUGAUCUGAAGACUAUCUUGAUUCCAAAGUCCCAUUGGACCUGGUUAGUGGAGCCCGAAGGGGCCUCACUUUGCUCCUUUUCUGCCUUUCUGUUCCAUCAUCUCCUAUUUUGGGGAUCACAAGACAGUGCUACUUCUGAAAGUCCUCUAAGUGUAAUGAAGUCAAAAGUGUAGAAUGACCAGGAGGCGCACUAGUUUGGGGCGCCUAAAUCUGAAACUUAGUGCAACUGUGUGUGAUCACGUCAUCAUCGAAAAGCGUUCUCUUCGGAUCUUUUUCUCUUAAUUCAUCAAGUUUGAGGAUCCAGGCCAUUGAAAUUUAAUAUAAUGGUUAAAGUUAUUAUAACUUUUAAAGUAGAUUUUUGUUUGUAGCCGUUUGAUCAAGUUUCAAUGGUCCGUAUCUCCAGACUUGGUGGAUUAGGAGAAAAGGAUCCUGAACGGAUCCCUUUCCGUCAUCAUCCGGAGUCCCUACUUUGGUCCAGGAACACUUGUGUAGGUGUAUUUGACCAGAUAAUGCGCCUGAUUUUGUUUGAAAAUUAGAGAAUUGCACUUGCAUUGAAUGACGUGGUUUACUGAUGGGUUAAUUUUUGA